GAAGCAACUAUAUAAACUGAGUAAAGCGAGAGACGGUCUCCAUUUAGGAAUACUAAGACCUCCACCGUACAGUACUGUAUAGCUGAAGGAAAGACGGUCUCUGCUCAAGAAAAACACCACAGGCAUCGACCACAACACAGAAGAAAAUAAUAAUAAUAAUCACUGGGAGUAUAUGCAAGGUGGAGUCUACCAAGAAACGAGAGCAAACUGGAUAUUGACCUUCGUAUAUCUGAAUGCAACUCUGCUGCUGGAUGAUCUGGAAUUUUAAGAUUUACGCUUGGGGUACUGGAAUCGCUGAAGAGAAGGGGGCUCUGAAAAAGAGGCUCAAAAGACGGAUCUACCUUUUUUCUUUCAUCAGCACCUCUUGGAAUAGCAGCCCUGUCUGAAUAAAAAAGCGCUUUUCAAGGCAAUCGCAGCUGCCUAGCAGAAGCAGAAAAAGGAUGGCAGACAGGCUCACCUUCACCAUCGUACUUAGUAUGACAAUUUACUCGCAGGUCUUGGGAUCCGGUGUAUUCGAGCUGGAUCUUCAGGAGUUCCUGAAUACUAAGAGUUUACUGGCUAAUGGAAAUUCGUGCAAACCUGACUGCAGGACCUUCUUUCGGGUGUGCCUGAAGAACUAUCAGGCUGUUGUAUCCCCAGGUGAAUGUAUCUUCGGAAGUGUAGUUACACCUGUACUGGGAUCAAACUCAUUUAACGUCGUGGAGGGAAGUGGUUUCAGCAAACCCAUUCAACUGAAGUUCGACUUCGGAUGGCCGGGGUCGUUUUCCUUAAUAAUCGAAGCCUGGCAUGCUCCUAAUGCACAUCUACCUGUAGAUACAAACAACACCGAAUUAUUGAUUAGCUUUUUUGCCAUCCAAAGAAAGUUGGAAGUAGGGGAUGAGUGGUCUCAGGAUGUGCAGACCGGCAAGCAGACAGAGCUAAGGUAUUCUUACCGGGUCAUCUGCAAUGAAAAUUACUACGGCGAAAGUUGUUCCAAAAAAUGCACGCCCAGAGACGACCGUUUUGGCCACUACACCUGCAACUCUGAUGGGCAAAUAUCCUGUCUCCCUGGCUGGAAGGGAGGAUACUGCGAAGAACCGAUUUGCCUUGAGGGGUGCAGCGAAACCUUUGGAAACUGCUCCAAACCAGGAGAAUGUGUGUGCCGGAAUGGCUGGCAGGGCACCUACUGUGAUGAGUGUCAGAGACACCCUGGCUGUAAGCACGGUACCUGUGAGGUGCCCUGGCAGUGCAACUGUAAAGAAGGCUGGGGCGGACUGUUCUGUGAACAGGAUCUUAACUACUGCACACAUCAUAAACCCUGCCAGAAUGGGGCCACGUGCAUGAACACGGGGCAGGGAAGUUACACCUGUACCUGCAGGCCUGGCUUCACGGGUGUGAACUGUGAGCUGGAGGUGCGAGAGUGUGACAGCAACCCCUGCAGGAAUGGAGGGAGGUGCUUGGAUCUGGAGAAUGGCUACAAGUGCUCGUGUCCUGGAGGUUUUGAGGGGGCCCACUGCGAGCACAGCUCUUUAACCUGCGCAGACUCCCCAUGCUUCCACGGUGGCAAGUGCAAAGAGAAAGACAAUGGAAGGAGUUACACAUGUGAAUGUCCGCAAGGCUUCACUGGACUGAACUGUGAGAAGAAAGUUGACAAAUGCACUACCCUUCCUUGUGCUAAUGGUGGACUGUGCGUCGUUAAUGGCAACGUGCGAGUGUGUAGCUGCCGUUCCGGCUUCACAGGCCAGCGCUGUGAAAUCAACAUCAACGAGUGCGCCGCCAACCCCUGUGGCAACGGAGGCACCUGCAUCGACAGGAUAAACGACUACAACUGCGUCUGCCCAGCCGGCUACACCGGGAGGAACUGCAACCAGGUGACGGACCACUGCGCCUCCCAGCCUUGCAGCAAUGGGGGAAGCUGUCACCCUGGAGCCUUGGACAAGCCGUUUACCUGCGAGUGCCCGCCUGGCCUGACAGGGCCCCAGUGCGAGUUCUUCCUCCUGCCUUUGCCGGACACGGUACAGCCGAAGGAGCCAUUUCCCUGGGUGGCCAUGUCCAUGGGAGUGGGCCUGGUCGCUCUCCUCGUGUUGCUCUGCAUGGUGGUCAUCGUCCUGAGACACAUUCAGCGACAGAGGAGCCAGGACGAGCAAGACUCGGAGGCCAUGAACAACCUGUCGGAUUUUCAGAAAGAUAACUUGAUCCCCGCCUCUCAGCUUAAAAAUACAAAUAAGAAAGUGGAAUUGGAGGUGGACUGCACGGUCCAAAAGUCAAACCACAAACAUAAGAACUACCAUUUGGACUACAACUCGGCCAAGGACUUCAAAGAUGAUAUGUCCCAGGAGGAUAAAAGUUACAAUUGCGACAAAUGUCUAGAGGAAAAAAUACCACUUAGAACGUACAGCGAAAAGCCUGAGUGUAGAAUAUCAACGAUAUGUUCCCCAAGAGAUUCAAUGUACCAGUCUGUGUUUGUAAUAGCAGAAGAAAGGAAUGAGUGUGUCAUAGCAACAGAGGUAUAAACUACGGAAGAUAUGUGAAUAAACUAUCAAGGAGGAAUAUCUUCUGGACUGUUUACAAAUUAAAAACUGAGACUGGGAAUAAUUUAAAUAAAACUGCUGCUCUUAAAAACUUAGAAACUGGAUAGAGCAGAUGACUGCUCCAAAAUUGCAAUAUGACUUUUUUUCUGAAUAAAUUUUGGAAUGUACAGUAUAUGAGUGACUGAGAGAAGGAAAUGGUGGAUGCUUCACUUAUGGUGUGUUCCCUAAGGACUUACAAUGAGACUUCAUUAUGAACACAAACAUAAGAAAGAAAAGCAAACUGAGCAGAAGAAAACAUUUUGGAAGAAGCUUCCCUCUGAAGAUAAUCCACCUUGUUGUGAUAAUCUGCAAGAAAACCUGGGAGGAAUGCACCAUUUCCAUUCUUUCCCAGGGGUUGUGUGCUAUGCAAAAAAGGAAAAGUAGCAGAUUUCAUCCAAGUGAAAAGAAACACUAAAGAAUAUUAAAAAAAAAAACACUGGAGAUGGUUCGUUUGAUAAAAACAAUGUCUGAGACCUGACAUAUCAUCUGUGUGAAAUGACACUGAAGAUUGUAUGCAGCCCAGAUCACUAGGCCUUAAAAUGGGUUUGAACAUAGAAUUUGUACCCCCACUCUUUUUGGAUCCUUUGCAUUACUGUAUGAAAGAAAAAACAAAGUGAUUUUGUGAGAGAGAUAAGCUGUGCCAGCAGGAUUCAAGAUAAAAUACAAUUUACUACUUAUUAUGCAACACUGCCCGUAAUACAAAAAGAUAAGGAAGAAAACAAGACAAAAAGUGACUAUCAUACCAAGGACUGCCUAUAAUUAGUAUUGGAAUUACGGAACCAGUAACAUUAUUUUUUAAGAUUAGUAUUUCACUAGUUAAUUUAAAUAUUAUGAAGCACUGAUCUUUCUAUGUUUUAUAAGAUUAUUUUGUAUAUAAUGUAUAUUUAUAAGCAAAAAAGGUCUGACAAAUGUAAAUGUUAUUUCUUUGCAGUUUUUAAGUUGAUGUCAACAAAAAACGAAUUUAUUUUUGUUUUUUUAAAUAAUGAAAACAUAUCUGGUACACUGAUGUUUGUUGGUCUCAUUAAGUUUUAUGUUUGGAAUUGUUGAGAUUUAACAAGUCAUACAGGUGUCAGAGAUCUUAAAAAUACUGACAGACAUGCAUGGCUUCACUUUAAGUUUAGCAUUGCUAAUUUUUAUAAGCAUCUGACAACAGGCACAUGGUUGUAAAAAAAUCAGCACUAGCUCCUUCAGUUUUUCAAACAACAGUAUUUGUUCCUGUUGGAAGUUUAAAAGGUUUGAAAUAGUAACAUUGGUUAAAAAUAUAUAUUGAUUUUUUGUAUUGAAAAUUAAAACAAAGUAAAAAUCCAUAAACAGUCAUAAACGGAACAGAUUUUUAUUAAAGUAAAUAAAACACUUUAAUAACACACCUAUGUCUCAUAUAGACUUCAACAUAUUUUCAACUUCACAGAAUCAAAAUAAUUUCAUGCAAAUUAGUUUAUUCAGUUCCAGUUCGUAAAAGGAUAUUUGUUUUGUACUCAUUCACUUGUUUUAACUUAACACAGGACUAAUGCAAAUUGAAAUUACACAAAAACAUACCAAAAUACUAGAUGAUAGAGCCGUCACUAGGUGUUCAAUGCCUUUGAAGAACUGUGUAUUUAUACAGAUUUACUGUAUGAAAAUUUAAUUUAAAAACAGCAUGCAGAAUAUUGAGUUUGGUUCUUAUAAGAUGCUCUAACAGCAACAGCCUUUUUGCGGCUUUUAAACUGAGGAUAAUAAUUCUCUUCAGUCUCACGAUUACUUAAAAGGUAGGAAUUCUGUCUUUUUACAGUUACCUCCAGAAAAUGACUGAUCUUGAGCACUCAUUUCAGUGUCUCACGCCCCCUCUCCCUCACAUUCAUUUAGUUCAAAAUUAGCUCGAAAUCCUAAUCCGUUUCCCCGGAUACCAAACCCUUAAGCUGGAAUUCUGAAACAAAAACAACCAAAAGCAAAUUCUGGAAAAAAGAGCCUACUUAACAAAGCGGGGCAGAUGCUCCAAGGUCAGGGACUACACUGUGUUGAAAACCAACAUAUGCCUCUCUUCUUAUUGAGCCCAAACUGGUGAACAGAGUCCCUCCCAAAAUAACACACACAUACAAACACAAAGGAUUCAAUCAGGGUUAAAGCCAACUUCACAACGAAUCUCUCCCUAAAUUCUAACAAAGAAAUCAAAAACCUUCAAACAAGCUUUUCAUACUACAGGCACAGAUGGGCUUUUGAGACAAUUUAGGGGCAUCUGCUACUGUAAAACUUAUCAUCUAUUCUUUUUUUAUAACCAAUUAAAUGUUUUAUUGUUUUUGUUUUAGAAUGGCUUCUUCUUGUACACUUUUAAACAGACUUAUAAAAUAACAAUUGUAUCUCUAGGAUUAGGAAUGCAUAUCAUUAACUGUACAGGAGAUUUCAGCAGAUCUCCAUACUUCACACUUACACUGUCAAGAGCUAAUAUAUCUAGACAUAUUUAUUAGGAUGACUUUACAUUUACCACCCCUGUUCCAGCUGUUAACUUCAUUGUGUAUGAUCAGAAUUUAGUCCUAAUCAGUGCACCCUGCCUUCUUUAAACUAAAGCUUUACCAACACAGUGUUGGGUUAUGUAAUAUCAUUGAUUUUUUUUUAAGUGCACGAGCUAGAUGUUAACAGGCUGGAUCCAGGGGAGGUUAUUUUAUGGUGUUAAUGAUCCACAUCUUCGUCGAGUCAGAAAUAAAUAAAACCUUGAUCCCUUUCCUGUGGCACUCAAGUUCUAUACAGUAGGUUUCAAAUUCUUUGGAAAAUUUGGGUAAAUCACAGACAGCUCUUUUAAGAACAUGCCAUCUUUUCAAGUAUAAAAAAACAUUCAUAUUAAAAAAAAAGCUUUGAGGGUCAAGGCAGGUGCUGGUGUAUUGUCUGAGAGUCCACACCACCUUCACAAAAAAGUGCAAAAACACACACAACAAUAUAUUGGUAGGCUACACAAAAAAGACUGUUCUUGAAUCAAGAGGUUUCCUUGGCAACAGGAGACUUGAGUGAGAGGUCAGCUGUUACCAAGGAAGCUUUCAGAUUCAUGAACAGCCUGUGUACAUAUGCCCUUAUAAUAUCUUUAAUAACUCAUAGCGAAGGCACUGUUACUGUUACUUGACUGUUACUUUUUUUAGGGAAGGACUGUACCUUUAUUAAAUAAGAAAAAGCAAGGGAAAGGCAUCUGCUUCUGAUGUUGCUAGUGUGUAAAACAAAACUGUGACAGCCCAGUUACUGUACUUUGAAACAAACAGCUGAUUUCACAAGUGACUUAUGCAACAUGAUAAUCUUUCCUAGAAUAUAAAUAUGUAUUCUAAAAUAUAGAAUAUAGAAUAUAAAUUACUUUACAUUUCUGGAACCUGGAAAUCAGUAUUAAUACUAAUAUUAAUGUCAGCAGAUAUAUUUAUAGCUGCUUUUGGUCUGAUAAUGAUAUCAGAAAAUACUGUUCUGAAGGUGGAAUUUUAGAGUUUGAGAGAAUUAAGCGAACAUCUUUUUUCUUACAAUACUCCUAAAACCUGCAGAAAUUAAUGACUAACACAUAAAGUCUAUACAUAAAUAAAAGUCACUGUAACCUUACGAUAUACCUAGAAUCUAGUCUCUGGGACUUUAAACUGCAAACUUCUUGAAAAAGUAAAAUACAAAAAAAACAUUGAGGCAGGUCAUGAUGUCAACAUCUAUUUAAACCUUCAAUUAAAAUAAAUGUUUAAACCAGUCUGUAUGAAAUAAAUACAGUCAAGAAAACAUGAUACUGUACAAGUUAAAAUCAUUCAGUAAAAGUACCCAACAGUAAAGAGCUAGUAGCAUGCAGCUACAACUGUUUAAGUAACACACCUGUCAUAUUCCUCUAGAAUUACAAUUCACAUCCUGUUGUUUUACCCAGCAGCAUAGUGGUUAGUAUUGCUGCCUCACAGCUCAGGUCCCUGGGUUUGUUGGUGUGGAGUUUGCAUGUUCCCAUUGUAUUUGUGUGGGUUUUCUCUGGGUGCUCCGGUUUCCACACUCAAUAGACUGGUAUGUUAAGUUAUGGUAUGUUAGGCUCUUGAGGAAAGCUGUGCCCUGCCUUGCACCCACUGCUUGCCAGGAUAGGCUCCAGUUCUCUGU